AAUGAAUGUGACUUUAGGGAAGAACAUUACUUUUAACACCUCGAGAAGAUCAUGAGUAAAUUAUUAGUUUUUCUUUGUGUGCUGCUGUCAGCUCUAACAACUGUUUUGACUGGCUCUCACUCUUUGUGGCUGCUUGUAACAUACAUUAAAGGAGAGACACCAUUUCCUGAAUUUAGCGUCACAUUUAUGUUGGAUGACCUCACAGUAGGACACUACAAUUCAGAGACUAAGAGAUACAUUCCUAGAGAUAAUACUACAAAUGAAGAUGAUAUUGUUUCAUACAUCUUUUAUGCAAUGAGGCAUGAUUUGCAACCUUUCCAUGUGGCAAGACUAACAUUUAAAAACUAUACAAAAAGUCCUCAACUUUAUCAAGUGAUGAGUCAUUGUGAGCUGUGGGACAGUGAUAAGCCUGGACAAAUGAUCUCUAAGAUUGCUUUUAGUGGCUCCACUACAGAUGAAAUGCAUUUUUAUGACAACAAGUUUACAUACGAGAGCCCCCAAAAAAUGGCAACACUAUCUCUGGAACUGUUCAAGUGGCGUCAUGAGACAAUAAACUACCCAUCCUGCAUAGCAACUCUCAGGAAUUACCUCAAAAAGAGACAAACUCAAGUGAAUAAGAAAGUAAAACCACGAGUGAGACUCAUCCAGAAAGCUCUCACAGAUUCUGGAGGGUCUCGUGUGAGUUGUUUGGCAACAGGAUUUUACCCUCGUCACAUCAACUUGACUCUGUUCAGAGACGGGCAGCCUGUAGCUGAUCAUGAGAUCACUGGAGGAGAUCUGCUGCCCAAUGAUGACGGGACGUACCAGAUGAGGAAGAGUCUGGAGAUCAGUGCUGCAGACAAACACACAUACACCUGCUCUGCCACACACCUCAGUCUGGACAACAGGAUGACUGUGGAUUUAGAGUAUAAUCAUGGGGAACCAUUUAACUCAGUGAUUCCAUCAGUCUUAACAGUUUUGGCUCUGGCACUGGUGUUUGGGGCUGCUGUUAUUACAUGGAGAAAGCAGCAUGCAGAUUCAUCAAACAGGGAAUAUUCCUCUGCUUCUACAUCUGAAGAAACUGUGGACACUUCAAGUUCAUGACACGGAGCCACAGAGAUGAAUGGAGAACAGUCUUCAAAGAACUCAAAUUAAAUUGUGUCUAAAAAGAGAGAAAGACUUUUACUAGCUUCCCAUAUUUCAGUCGUAAUAAAACUUGGCAACAAGAUGACUAUCACAAACAGAGAACCCAGGUGAAAAAGAAAUAUAUUUAAAUUGUGCUUUUACAGACACACUUACUAUAUUUAAACUAUACUAUACUAAGUGCAUAUUAAAUGUAUUAUUUUGAGUCUGGGCAACAAACCGGACAUAACUUUAGGUAAUUAGUUCACAUGAGACUAGUGCACAUAAAAUAAUUUAUCUGAAAAAUGAAUGUCUUUGUGACCUUUUGUUGUCAGAGUAUCCAGGGGAAACAUUUGAGUCAGUGACUUACUUUGUGCUUGUGGUUUGUGUAUUGGGGUUGGUGUUAUUGACACUGGCUGCUAUCAUAUGGAUCAUGAGGAGAAGAUGGCAGUCAGGUAAUACAAGACAUGAAACAGUAUAAUGAGAUGUUAAAGGACAGAUUCAUUCAAAGAUGCCAUAUAAAGAUAAUUUUGUUAAUAAUAUUGUGUUGAAUUGAUUUUUUAAAAUAAUUAAUGUCCAUUUAUUAUUUUUUUUGUGUUUUAUUGUAGCUUCCUCUACAAGUGAUUACUCAUCUGCUUCUAGUGAGUAAUUUCAAUGUAGUUUAUGUGUUAGUAUUUUCUAAAUAUUUUAUUUUCAUGUUGUUACCCUGGCCGUACUUUAAUUUCAACAUAGCAAACAACUGUAAUUUUGAUUAAAAUAAAUAUUUCCUGACCAUUCCAACUUCUUUUUCAGCAACAUCAGAUUCAUAAGGUUUAUGGGUAAAAUAAUGUGAUUGGCUUGAUAAAAAAAAAUAAAAUAAAGGUGCUUCACGAUGCCAUAGAAGAAUCUUUUUGUCCAAUUUAUUCCAAGCUUUAACAUAUGAAGAACCUUUCUGCACAAAAGGUUCUUUGUGGCGAUAGAAAGUUCUUCAGAUUGUAAAAAGGUAAGAAAGAGCUGGUUCUUUAACCCUUAAUCAGCCCUUGGGGUCCUGCUGACCCCAUCUGAUUUUUUUCUUACUUUUUAAAAGUGUUCCCUUCAUCUCAGGGGAAUGAAAUUCUGUGACUUUUCCUAAAUAAUCUAAACACACAAAAAAUCUGGGCUUGA